GGCCUGGCCUACGCCGCCUGGACCUACUUCUCCGCCCGGCGGCACGAGCACGAGCAGCAGCGGGAGCAGGCGCAGGCAGGCGCCGGGGUGGGCGCUGCUCCCCGGCCCCAGGAUAAACCACCAAGCAGGCAGAUAUUAGUUCUGGGCCUGGAUGGAGCAGGGAAGACCAGUGUUCUCCACUCCCUAGCAACUAAUCAUGUGAAGCAUAGUGCGGCGCCCACAGAGGGAUUCAAUGCAGUCUGCAUCAACACAGAAGAGACCCAGAUGGAUUUCCUAGAGAUUGGAGGCAGUGAAUCUUUGCGUUCCUAUUGGAAAAUGUACCUACCCAAGGUUCUGGGACUGAUCUAUGUCGUGGAUUCAGCAGACCACACACGCUUACCCUUGGCUAAACACCUUCUUCAUCAGCUGGUCCAGCAUGACUCUACACUGCCAGUGGUGGUCCUAGCUAAUAAACAGGAUCUUGAAGGAGCAUACUGCAUCACGGACAUCCACGAUGCUCUGGCCUUGUCUGACAUUGGAGAUGAAAGAAAGAUGUUCCUUAUUGGAACCCACGUGGCACAGGAUGGCUCUGAGAUUUCUUCCAGCAUGAAGGAUGCCAAAGAACUAAUUGCACAGCUGGUUUUGGAGACUGCAUGAUAACUGCUGUUUGAGAAAUUGCUAACCUUAUUGUCACAGUCAUGGGAUCUAGAUGGUGGUUGUAUUGCCAGCUUGCAGGCCUGAGAGUUCCACUUUCCAGUCAAGAUGUGUGGUGUUACUCUCUCUUGUCAGUGUUAAGAUCAUUUAUUUUAUUAGGAUUUGCAGUUUAAAACCUCUUUGAAAAUCACUAUAUUUUUCUGAGAAUUUGUAAGGGGAGAGGAAGUUUCAACAAGACAAGCAUUAAUGGGACAUGUAGCGUAGGUAUGUUCGUCCAGAUAAUCAGCUGGUGUUGAUGAUCAGUUAGUACGUUGACUUCAGUGAAGCAAUGCUGAUUUAUAACAGCUCUGGAUUUGAGCCUGAAAUUUAGUGAUGGUUGUUGUGGGGCUUUUUUGUUUGCUUUUUUUAAAAAGUCUUUUACAAGAUUAAAACAGCAGUAUCCUUUGUUAAAAAAAAACACACAGAAAAACCAAAUCUAUUUUUGAAAACUUUAAACAUCGUGGCAAAUAUUUUCCGAAAAUGACUGAUUCUGGGGGUCAACCCUCAGUUACCUCUGUGUUGUCAGAGGGCGACUGCUACUUGCUUUCUGGAAAUUGGGUCUUUUUAAGAUGUCAGGUUGUAAUAGAUAAUAUUGGGUGCUCAAUUUAAAAUCUUGGUUUUACAGACUUUUUAGUGCAUGGAAACCAGGAAGUAAAAUUUACCAUGGAAAAAAAUAUUAAGGGUUCCUUUGCCAACAGGAGAAAGUUACAACAAGAUAACUAAGAUGGAAUUUAAACCUGUUUUAGUUGGACUAGUGCAAAAGACUGUGUAGACAUUUAUUUCUAUAUAAACGAUGAAUUAGUAUCAUUUAGUUUAAUUUAGUUAGGAGCAUAUUUAAGCAAUAGACAGAGAAACAAGAGUACCAACCAAGUACUCAUAUCAGUUUAUGGUUUAAAAGACACAAUGACGUUCCAGCAGGGCAGCGUUCUUGUGAACUUGGGCCCUGAACUAAGUCAGCCAUCAAAAUUAAACAAAUGAAAUUAAAGGUGAAAAAUUAAUCUGAUUUUAAAAAUUCUUUUCCACUCCAAGCACACAUAUAAGGAAAAUGAAUUGGUUUGCAUAGAGUGGGCCAUUUCCAUCUUGCUAGCACUCCUGUCUUUAUAUUUAUAGAAGAAGUUUUGUAUUGAGUUGUAGGUAGAAAAUACCAUGAAUACUCUGCAAGGGUUUUGUAACAAUGGAUCCUGUACCAAGGUUUUCUACUAGCAGCCUUUCUAUUUUGCCACUGAAAUAGUUACAUAAAGCAGAAAUGUUAUUGUA